UAAAACUUAAAACAAUAUCCCCGAGGAACAGACACUUUUGAAGGGUGGCGCGUAUGAUUGCUGCCUUGCGUGUUCGGCUUAGAAGUAGUGGGAUAUUGACAUUUCAACCAUAACUCCCAGUGAACAGUCGCCCAGGGAACCCGCGUGGCCUGUGUUUGGCGCAAAAAUCGAAAAUUCUCAUCGUAGUAAAACCAAUUAUGACCCCUAUUGACCAAAUCCUGGAUGAUUUGACAAUAUUUCAUGAGCGCGGGGGACUCAUGGGGGUACCGUUGUGUAUAAAUGGAAACAAAAAUAUGAAACGAACGAAGCCAAUCGCUAAUAGUUUUCACCCUUUUGGAUUUCGCAGUCGGCUCAAGGAGAAGAGAAGCAGGUUGACCGUUGUCAGAGCUUUAUUUUAUCCGGAAUCCGCGAUUCAAGAGGCAAAGCGGCAGAGUGGAACGAUUCCCGUGGACCCGGGGCACUUGAACAUUGAAGAGAAAAAGGAGUGGUCUGACCUGUAA